GUGUUGUGGCGGCGUUUUUGCUUUGGGAGAACAGCUAAUAUCUAGACAGUCACGAACUUCACCGGCCCAACAAACUCUGGUACAUUCCCGCAUAUCUCGGUUCCACCUACAUGCGCUCAGGGUUGCAAAGUUCAACCACCACGCUGUCACCUUUGGUCCACCUGGGCUAUACUAGGUUAAAUACACUUUACUCAGGCGCGGCCGUAUGCCUCAUUACGAAUGACAAGUAGCACAUAAACUGAGCAGAUAAGCACUUUCUUCUGCUCACGCCUUCACCUCCCUGUUUCUACAUCCUCGUUCUCUCACAAUGAAUCAACCACCUGCAUUGUCAAUUACUCCCAAGGGAACUGCUCUUGGCGCCAUACGACGAUUUAUUUUCGUUCUCUUCCUUGGCACUCCUUCGCUAGAAAGUCUCGCAGCGCAAAGCGAAGAUGCAUUGUCUAAACUCAUAGACCGCUGGACCAAUCGCACAUCAAACAUCACCAUCGUUGCCGCUCUUGCAGCUUCGACCACUGUCGCAUUUAUGACCACCCUUCCCCCAACGAGUCUCAUACAGUGGCAACACCAACUCACAUACUUUUGCAUCUCAGCCUCUAGUGGGAGUGCUUUGCUGUCGGUUCUGAGCGGUCUUUGCCUGAUUAUGUACUUGAACGGCGCGAGUCCCAAUUCUAUCAAACGGGUACGGACAAGCAUGUUCAAACGUGUGGCCUUUGCCAUGUUGGUGUUGAUGCCAACUACCUUCCUGUUCUUUUCUGCGUUCUGUCUUAUCGUCGCAUGGAUUGCGUCUAUCUGGUACGGUGAUCAAACUUGGCUGAAGGUUGUAGGGGACGACUCUCUCCCUUGCUUCCACAGUGGUUGUUUUGUCCCUGUGUAUGACUAUUCCUCUGCUCCAAUAGUUUUGUUACUAUCCCAUAAUAUGCACUUUGUAUUUUCUUUGGAAUACCUGGACUCGUGGCAUUGGAAUUAUGAAAUUUAUAUCUUUGAGUAUG